AUGCCGAAUGGCCCGAUAAUCAUCGACCGGGCGCAAAUGCCCCUCGACUCGCCGCCGGCGGAGGUCGAGAUCGUCGCCUCCUCCUCUCCGCGUGUGACGCCGCAGCCCCCUGCGGCGAGCGAUGGCGCUUCCGACGGUGGUGAGGGGGAUCCGGAUGAGUUCAAGAGAUUCACUGAUGAAAAACUGGAGGAAAGGAUCAAGCACUGGAGCGGUAAUCGGACCCUAUCCGUACCUGACGGCGGCGAGAAGAUGCGUAAGUUACUCUGCAGGAUGAAGAAAGAGCUUGAUCGCCGCCGCGCUGCCGGGCCGAGGAAGGUUGACACGGGUCGGAGACAGUCAGCGCAGACACCCAGUGGGGAUGAUCCUUACACCUUCAAGGAAAGUGACCACAUCAACUGCAGCAGGUUUUCUGAUAAAUGGCAUUGCCAUGGCAAGGGCGAAGCAGCAUUCACUGAUGAGCUAGGCCAUUUUAACACAAGCAAACGUGCUUCCCAAGUGAUAGAUCGGAAAAGAGCAACGAACACGGUGAAUCGUCAACCAAAAAGGCGUAGAGUUUCUCAAAAUAUUGCUGACAAGAAACAUUUAGAUACAAAUGGUAGUAAGUUAGGUAUGAAGAUCUGUACAGAAGAUCAACAGAAAAAUUACUCUGCUGAGCCAAAGGGCAUGUCCACUAAACUACGCACAGAAGAUCGCACUUCUGGGAGUUCGACCAAGAGGUGGGACCAUUCCAAGAAUGAUACCUACCAAUACCGGAGGUUAAAUAGAAGAAACGAAAAGAAGGAAGUAGUUCACUUGGAUGACGAGGAUACAGUACUCUUGGAUGACGAGGAUACAGAACCUUCUAAAUCAGUUGAUGUCGAGAUUGUUAAUAUACGGGACAAAUCAAAGAUCUACUAUCCAUCGAGGACUGAUCCGGAAACUGUCGAGCUGACAUAUUCUGACAUAAAAUGUCUUGACCCUGAAGUUUUUUUAAAAUCACCUGUCGUAAACUUUUACAUCCAUUCUUACCUUAGAUGCCACUUAAGGACUAUCAAAUGUUAUGUAGAAUUAGAAAAGUACCUAAAAAAUUCCAGGCCUUGUGACGACUUGUACAUCUUCAAUACAUAUGUCUAUAGCAAACUUGAAAAAGCGUUAUCCAGGAAGGGUGAGUGUGGCUCGCACUUUAGCAAGUUAAGGCGAUGGUGGAGAAGUGUAGAUAUUUUUAAGACACCAUACCUCCUUUUGCCAAUUCAUGGACAGGUGCAUUGGAGCUUGGCCAUUAUCUUCAUGCCCGCAAAAGAGAUAGAAUCUGGGCCAAGGGUGUUUCACUUGGACUCUCUAGGACUACAUUCCAGUGACAAGGUUUUUGGCGUGAUUGAGAGCUAUCUCAUAGGAGAAUGGCGCCAUCUACAGAAGGAUUCUUCUUAUGAUAUUCCUUUUUCAGACACAAUAUGGAGACAUCUUUCAACAAAUAUACAUAAGGAAAAAAUCGAGGUGCCCCAGCAGCAAAAUGACUUUGACUGUGGUGUCUUUAUGCUUUACUACAUCGAUAAGUUUAUUCAAGAGGCACCAGAUGAUUUGACAGGAGUGCGGCCUUGCAAGUUUGGACGCAAGUGGUUCAGGCCUGUACAAGCUUCGGGGCUGCGGAAGCGAAUACGAGAUCUGCUGUUCGAUAUAUUUCAGAACGCUCCACCUAGUGAUAGAAAUUUAGUGUCGCAUGCCGAUGAUGACUCGGAAGAUGAAGAAGAUAAGGGCAAGGACACAAUCGUGAUCGUUUGA